GAUCCUCAGUCGGAAAGGAGUCCUUAUUUCGGCAAAAGUCACACCAGUCACCGCACCUCCAUUUUCCAGCUGUAAUCCUCUCUUCACAGCUCACCUCACCGCUAGCAACUGUCUUCCUUCCUCCGUCCGAGAUCCUCUUGCUCCGUCGACUCAUUCCGAUUCCACCAGAGUUAAGGUUCCGGUCGGUCUUUAUAAACAGAGUAAUAGACUGAUUUUCCGAUCUCAUCUCGCUUCAAUCCUUCUUGUAUCUUUCAAGCUGAGUCAAUAAUCGGUAGACUGUGUUAUCCUUUUUCUAAGAUCCGUUGACGCGUUCUUACGGUAACACCGGAAUUUCAAUCCAAGUCCAAGAGGUUGGGAAACUGAGAAUUAGGGUUGACUGAAAGGAUUAGGGGCGUAUGAUAGGUUGACGGAGAGGAUUUGGUUUUGCGUUUUUUUGAGGUCAUCAUGUCGACUGAGGUCACUUGGUAUAGCUGGAGAGAAGGUAUGUCGUCUGAUAAUAUAAAGGGUUUGGUAUUGGCGCUGUCGUCCAGUUUAUUUAUUGGGGCCAGCUUCAUUGUCAAGAAGAAGGGGUUGAAAAAGGCGGGGGCUUCUGGUAUCAGGGCAGGAAGUGGAGGAUAUUCUUACUUGUUAGAGCCACUUUGGUGGGCAGGCAUGAUAACAAUGGUCGUUGGAGAAAUUGCUAAUUUUGCAGCUUAUGCAUUUGCACCAGCUAUUCUUGUCACUCCUCUUGGUGCUCUCAGCAUAAUUAUCAGUGCUGUUCUUGCACAUAUCAUUUUACGGGAGAAGCUACAUGUUUAUGGAAUUCUUGGCUGUGUUUUGUGUGUUGUGGGCUCUACGACAAUUGUUUUGCAUGCUCCUCCAGAACGUCAGAUUGAAUCUGUGAUAGAAGUUUGGGAUCUUGCUACAGAACCAGGUUUUCUAUUUUAUGCAGCUUUGGUUGUAACAGCUGCAUUUGUUCUUAUAUUCCAAUUCAUUCCACAAUAUGGACAGACUCACAUAAUGGUCUACAUUGGAGUUUGUUCCCUUGUUGGUUCCCUUUCGGUUAUGAGUGUUAAAGCACUUGGAAUUGCUCUGAAGUUAACUUUUUCUGGAAUGAAUCAGCUUAUGUAUCCACAAACAUGGGCCUUCACUUUGAUUGUGAUUACUUGUGUGCUAACCCAAAUGAACUACUUGAAUAAGGCACUUGACACUUUUAACACAGCUGUUGUUUCUCCUAUAUAUUAUGUCAUGUUUACAUCACUGACCAUCUUGGCAAGUGUAAUCAUGUUUAAGGAUUGGGAUAGGCAAACUCCAACUCAAAUUGUGACGGAGAUGUGUGGCUUUGUGACUAUCCUCUCGGGAACUUUUCUUCUUCACAAAACUAAGGAUAUGGGUGAUGGUCCAAGUUUAACAACAUCUUUGUCUUCGUCCAAGCGCUCAUUAAAGCAUGCGGAAGACGGUAGGGUCGAUCCCGAAGGUAUCCCUCUCAAAAGGCAGGAUUCAUUGAGGACAACUUGAUACCAUCUCCUUCAUAUCCCACCAGUUCUACAAAACUCAAUAUCCUUCUUGGGAAAUACCUUGCCAACGUCCACGUUUGUGUACUCAGUACUCCACCUUCUCCCUGCUAUUCAUUCUUUUUGUAAGCCGAAAAGGUGAGAUUUUCCUGUCACUCUAUACUUUUGGCUUCGCAAUGAGACUUGAGCUUUUCGGUCUCUCCCUUAUGUACACUUUCUUCCCAUUUGAUACAUAAAGCCAAUGUAAAAUUGAGCAGUGGGUAUACAAUGCAUAUUGUACCAUUUGUUUCUUUUUGCCUAGAAUGUGGUGGUAUCUUCGCCCUCUGAACUGGAAAAAGCUCAGGAGGAUUAUUAUAUUCAUUGAAUGGUUAUUUAUAG